GGACCCUGAAUUUUUCAAUCCCGCAUUCCCGCCGCGACCACCCCCCCGGCCCUCCGUGCCCCCCGAACGCCCGAACCCCCGGAACCCGCUUUUUUUUUCUUCUUGCAGCUGGGGUUACUCCAGAUUGCAGAGCAGAGACGGACUGGUCACCGCAUCCACGCACUUGGUUGGCAUACACAGUAUCGUAGAAGGGUACUGUAAAGAACAAGGCUGCUGUGCCCCAACAAGACAACAUGGGAAAGAAGGGUGGUGGUCGUCUUCUCCAGGCCGCAAAGGCUGCGAAACAAGGUGGUGGUGGUGGUGGUGGUGGUGGCGGUCCACCGGCAAAGAAGCAGAAAAAGAGCCACGGCUCGUCCGCUCACGGCCACGGCCACGGCCCCGCGCAACACCAAAAACCGAAGCAACAAUCCACAAAGCCCUCCCGCUCCGCCUCCGCAACCUCCGCAGCCCCGCCCCCGCUCCCCUCUUCUUCUUCCUCGACGUCCAGCUCCACGAACAAGAAGCAACACAAGCAAAAGCAGCAUUCCGAUCCAACAAUACCCUUCAGCCCCGACGAAAACAUCCUCCUUGUCGGCGAUGGCGACCUUAGCUUCGCCGCCUCCUUGGUCGAGCACCACCGCUGCACCAACCUGACCGCCUCCAUCUACGAAAAGGACCUCGACGAGCUAUCCGCGAAAUACCCCCACGUGCGCGCCAACGUCGACAAGAUCCUCGCCGUGCCCGGCUGCAAGGUUCUCUACAACGUCGACGCGCGGCGCAUGGCGCCCUUCGCCCACAAGGCCAAGACCAAAGACAAGCAGGCGGGCCGGGUCGAGCAGGUCGGCACCAUGGACCGCAUCAUCUUCAACUUCCCGCACGUCGGCGGCAAGUCCACCGACGUCAACCGCCAGGUGCGCUACAACCAGGAGCUGCUGGUCGACUUCUUCAAGCGCUCCUUGCUCUCGCUGGCCCCCGGCGGUUCGGUGAUCGUCACCCUGUUCGAGGGCGAGCCCUACACGCUGUGGAACAUUAGGGAUCUGGCAAGGCACUCGGACCUGGCUGUCGAGAAGAGCUUCAAGUUCCAGGCGAGGGCGUAUCCGGGCUAUCACCAUGCUAGGACGCUCGGGGUCGUCAGGAACAAGAAGGGGGAGGCGGCCGAGGGUGCUUGGAAGGGCGAGGAGAGGCCGGCGAGGAGUUAUGUCUUUGUCAGGAAGGAUGAUGUGCCGAAGCCGCCCGCUCCGGGCAUGGGGAAGAAGAGGAAGGCCGAAGAGUCGGAUGAUGAGGAUGAAGAGGAGGUUGGUGAUGAUUGGGGUAGCGGAGAGGAUGAUUUUGAGGAGGAGUUGGAUGACGACGCUGAAAGCGAGCAGGAUGAUGCUGGAGAUGCUGCUGACGAUAAUGAGUGACCGGAUCACCAGUUCACUCGCGGAGUGAGGCGCGCACGCCGUACACAGCCCUGGAGUUUAUGACGGAAUGGAUGUGGUUGAGACCCAUACGCUGUUAUAACCAGCAAGGAUGCC